GGGAGGCGAGCCCCGCGGAGGUCUCGGUACAGCCACUUAGAGAAGAUGACAGAUUUGGUGGCUGUUUGGGAAGUAGCUUUAAGUGAUGGUGUUCAUAAGAUUGAAUUUGAACAUGGGACCACUUCAGGAAAACGUGUUGUCUAUGUUGAUGGAAAGGAAGAAAUAAGAAAAGAAUGGAUGUUUAAAUUAGUGGGUAAAGAAACAUUCACUGUUGGAGCAGCCAAAACAAAAGCCACUAUUAACAUUGAUGCAGUCAGUGGCUUUGCAUAUGAAUAUACUUUGGAGAUCAAUGGAAAGAGCCUCAAGAAGUAUAUGGAGAACAGGUCAAAAACAACAAAUACUUGGAUACUGAGCUUGGGUGGUACGGACUAUAGAGUUGUUCUAGAAAAGGACACUAUGGAUGUGUGGUGCAACGGUGAAAAAAUGGAAACAGCGGGUGAAUUUGUAGAAGAUGGGACUGAAACUCACUUCAGUGUUGGUGAUCACAGCUGUUGCAUUAAGGCGGUCAGUAGUGGAAAACGGAAGGAAGGAAUUAUUCAUACCCUUAUUGUGGGUGACAAAGAAAUCCCAGAGGCUGUGGAGUAGCCUCUAGUU